CUAAAGAACCAAACAUUCUUUCCUUUUAUGCUCGUCAACAAUAAAGCUCAAUAUUGUCCAUAGUAUAUUUCUAUUUGUAGAGUGUACACCAUGAUCUAUGAACGCAUAAUUUAGAUAAAACUCGUACAAUAUAUUAGAUGAAAACUUGAAAGGAAGAUCUUUUUCAACCUAUGAUAAUUGCUAAGAGACUAAUUCAAUUCACACAAUCACUACAAUUUAUUAUUAUUGACAUAUAUUUUGGUUACGUGAAAACUUCUAUUGACUGUAAAAUAAUCUUAUUAGUUGCAUGUACUUCUGUAAGAGUUAACUAUAACUAUCUGUUCAUUGUAAUGUUUUAUUCAUCAUAUAAUUUUUGAAAUGAUGCAUUAACCGAAAAUUUUAUCACAUAAUGAUAAAGUGAUUUAUAUUGGUUAAUCUGGUUAAUCAAUUAACCAAACUGAUUAAACUUUAGUUGGUUAAUUUGGUUGUUGCAUUUAGUUUGGACGGUUUGGUUAUGAUAUUGUAUUCCAUGGUUAAUAAAUUUUUGACUUAUUUGGUUUGGUAAUUACCAUGGUAACUAGGUCUGGAAGUUUGGUACCGUUAUUAGGGAUAUAUCGAAUAUCGUACCAAAUUUGCCUAUAUUUGGUAUUAUCGAAUACACGUAUUAUUUCUUGAGAUUGAGAUUCAAUUUCAAUUGUUAUUCAGUAUUAGGGAUUAUGGGAUAGGGAUCGAUAUAUUCGGAAAUACCGAACAAUACCGAAAUAUAAGCUAAUGUGUAUUUUAUGCUCUCAACUAAACUCUCUCAUUCACUACUACACGACCCUCAACCACCAAUCUAUUAUUAUUUUCAUAACACAAGAAAAAAAAAAUACUAGUGUUAGUCUUCUCUUAGCCUCCAAUUCAUCAAAUUAAAGAUUACUAAUGACAAAAACUUGAGAUGUCCCCUCUCCUCCAUUCUCCUUAUCCAUAUCCUAGCUCUAGACAAAUGCAAGACUCUUUGCUUAGUCUCUUUGUCCUAUAUUAAGCAAUCAAAUCUAAUUAAUUUCUUAUUCGAUAAUACCGAUUGGGAUACCGAAGUACCGAUUGGGGCCGAAAUAGUUAGGGAUUGGGAUUGUGAUUGAAUUUAGGAUGUAAUUCGGAAUUCAGGAUUUCGGUAUUUGGUAUUGGGAUACCGAUACCGUACCGAUUUCCACCCGUAAUGAUAACCAUUUGAACACCCCUAGGAACCAGAGUUACGAGGGCUAAUUUUCUUUUCCUAUUUUUUCUUGUGUUCAAAAUAAAAAUAAAAGAAUAAAUGGUAAUAGGUGAAAAAACCAAAAAUGUUAAGUUUAUUUAAGCAGACUUGGCAGUGACGUGGCGUGCUGACAGUUAGUCAACGCGUUUGACCAUCCAAGAUAACGGUCAAAUCUCGGGUUUGGAAAAUUUCAUAAUUUUGAUACAUCGUUGAGGCCACAAAGUUAUAGAUCGAAAAAGAUUGGCCAUAAUGUUUAAUAUGUGAAAAGUUUGGGGCUUACAAAUAUAUUAACUCUACUUCAUAUUUUAAAACCUUCACAAAUAAAACCAUAUUCACUUCAACCUCUCUUACUGAACACAUAGCAGUAGAGACAAUAAGCAGCAUCCUUAGAAACAUUAUAUCACGGGGUAAAUUGCAAGUUUGGUCACUAUGAUUACUAAAAGAUUCACGUUUAGUCAUUAAAAUAUUUAAUUCGAUUCGCGGUCACUAAAAUUAGUUAAAUAUUUCAAAUUUGGUCACUCUCCGUCCAAUUCCGUUAAUUUUGAGUGAUGUGCCUGUUAACUUUCAUAGUUGACCGUGUGUGACGUGAUAAUUGAAAAAUAAAAAAGUUAAUAACUUUUCCACCUCAUUUUCAAAAACUAUUAAAAAUUAAAAAUAAAAUUACUUUCUUUAAUCUCCUAAAAAAUCUCCACCCUUUCAAUUCCUCCCCCACGCUUGCACUCUUUCCUUCCUUCUCCAUGGCCCAUGACCCUCCCUUACCGCCGCUAUCAUCAACUCCCUCCACCGCCAUUUCCUUCCCUUCCGUCGUCACCACCACCACCACCAUCUAGAGUGGGUAGAGAAGAGAAAAAGCUUGUGGAGGCUGUGAAGACUUCAGUUCAAACCGGAAUCAAGACUUCCUGUUUGUCGAUUGUCGUGGAGGCAGAGGCGACUCUAAAUCGUUAGUCGGGAAAAUGAGCGCGGCGCUAUUUGAGAUCCACUUAAAGUUGGGGGCUUCAGGUUGUUGGAGAUCCACUCGUAGACUCGUGCUGCAGGGGACGAAUCAACUACCAAGCCAGACCCACAAAAAUGGGUACAAUUGUUUUCCAAGACCUACAAUCGGAAUCUAGAGGUGGCAAUUAGGAUCCAAAUUCAUGAAUCCAAUCCAAUCCAUCUGCCAAAUUAUCAACCUAAUCCAAUCCAUUUAAAUCCAAUUGGAUUGGUGGAUUGAUGGAUCAAUCCAUGGAUCCAAAUGGCAAAUUACGAGUUGGUACCAAUAUUUUUAUAUUUUACAUUUUGGUACCUAAAUUUUUUAUUUUAUACAAAAAUAUCAAUGGAAAAUUACAUUUUGGUACCUAAAAUUUUUCAUUAUAACAUUUUAGGACCUAAACUUUUCAAAAUUUAUAUUUUGUUCCAAGCCUUGGAUGUCAUUUGGAUUCAUGGAUCAAUCCACCAAUCCAUGAAUCCACCAAUUCAUUGGAUCCAAUCCAUUUGAUCCAUGGAUCCACCAAUCCAAUCCACGAAUCCGAUCCAAUUGCCACCUCUAAUGGAAUCCCAUAUAUUCUUCAGCAUUUGGAGCUGGAAUCGAAAUCAGAAUCGAGCCAGAGAAGGACGACGGAGUUUGAAGAUCCAGAACGGAAAGCGAAGAGGUCGAAGGGGGAAACCUCGACGAAGCCGAAAUUGUUGCGUGAUGGCAGGCCGGAAGGUCGGGGUUGUUUUUGGGAUAUUAUAGGAAAUUGAAUUUUAUUUUCAUUUUUCAAUAGUUUUGGAAGGCAAUCUCCGCCUAUGCCACAACUUCCUCUUCCUCAAGGCUAGUUGUUGUCUACUCACCAGCCACUAGUUCCCCCUUCUCGGCGACGCUACUUCACCUAAAAACCUAGCAAAUUGACCGCUCUUCCUCCUCCAUCUCCCCUUUCCUCCCCACGACCACCUCUCUCCCCCAUCGUGACAGAGCCUGUUUCACAGUCUGAGCAAUUAGGGGAAAGUUCGAGCGAAAGAAGCCCCACGGCAAGACAACCCUCACUCCCGCCCUAACCAUGGCCCUCACCGCCAUGGGCAACAACGUGCCCAAGAAGUAAGACGAAAUUGAUGUGGCUCCUCUUCAUCUUCCUCCAAUCCUUCUUCACCAGCGUCAGUCGACCUAGCAUACCUUCCUCCAAACUCGGUCCCUAAUAUUCUCAAAUUCCUAACUAAAUUAUAUCCAAAUCCUAACUCGCCAACAACUAAUGGAUUGGCACUACUCUGCAAAUCCAUCAUCUCUUCAGAGAAGAUACUGUAGUCUUUCCCCUUUAGUUGACCUGAAAUUCAACUUCCCGUUAUAUGAAUUCGUUUCCAAAAUUCUUGAACUCCUAAUCCAUUAUCUUCUCCGCCUUGAAGUUGAAGCUUGCCUUCAGCUCCUUUGCAUCUUUCAAAUUAUGUUCCUUUCAUUUCCUCUUUCCUCCGCCUCUGUGGUGAAGAGCCGGCGAAGUGAAACAAAGGGUGUCGACGCCCUCAAGCUUGCAAUAUUCAAUGAUGGCGAGGAACAGGGAACAAACGAUGAUGACGGUGUUCGAUGGACGGCGAUGAUGAGGACGACGAUGAUGAUGAGGACGUCGAUGACAAUGGCAACAACAACAACAGAGAUGGCAUAAACGUUGCUAGCUUAUAUCUGAGCAGCCUCACAUGACGACGACAACGCUAAUGCCGAGGAGCUGGACUUGGCCUUCGUGAGAUUGACGGAAGGGAGCUCCGACAACGACUGAAGGUUAUGCCGGCUUGAUCUAACCUAACUCGAUUUCUUAGAGCCUUCUCGGCACAUCUAGAACAGAAAGAGGGGACGACGACAAUGCAAGGAUGAAGAGGAUUCAAAUGAAAGUGAGGAAUGAGUUGUUUAUCAAUUUUUUAUUUCAAAAUUUUAUAUUAGUUUUAAUUUUAAUUAUAACAAUUUCAAAUUAUGGAAUAUGUGAGAUUAAAGAAUUUUUUAAGUUUAUUUAAGCUAACUUGGCAUUGACGUGGCGCGUUGACCGUUAGUCAAUGCGUUUGACCAUCCAAGAUAACAGUCAAACAUCGGGUUUGGCUAAUUUCGUAACUUUGAUGCAUAGUUGAUGCCACGAAGUUAUAGAUCGAAAAGAUUGGCCAAAAUGUUUAAUAUGUGAAAAGUUGGGGCUAUACAAAUAUAUUAACCUUAUGAAGUAAAUUGAAAUCUUUUGAACAUAUUGAUAGAUAUAACAACUACCAUAAUAAAUACGACAAUAAUUCUGAUUUUUAUUGAGCUAAGCAACAUGCAUUCAAGCAACUGCAUUAUCCAGACACUGAUAUAUGCCGAAAGAGACUAUCAACCUGUUUUGUUUGCUUCACCUGAUUACAUAAGGUGUCUAGUAAUGAAUGCAUUAUAAUUUCAAGGCAAGAUGAAUUUGCAUCUUCAAGUAUCAGAGGUAAUUUUCUCCAGUUAUUAGAUUUUCAUACUCUCGUGGAGAAGAUGUAUGUGCAAAGUAUGAUUGGGAGGAAUGCUCAAAGAAGCCUCCAACUAACAUAUGCAAAGAUUCAAAGAGAACUUGUUCGCGCCAUGACUUGUGAAACUAAUAAGUAAAUCAUUACGUAUAUUGGGGGAAAAUUUUUCCUGCAUAUUGGUUAAUGGACAUGUGAUAUAUCAACGAAAACAAAAUGGUUAUUGUUUUACACUAUGUGAAUCAUAUUGGUUGUGUUAUGGAGAGACUUCUUUGUAUUUCUCAUGUGUUAAAUACCAAAUCUUUGUCAUUGAAAAAUUGAAUCAACCAUGGAUUUAGUAUGUCCAUGAUAAUGGAAAAAAAAGCUAUGAUGGAGCUAGUAACAUCAAAAGGGAAAUUAAUGAUUUGAAAACUUUGAUCUUGGUUGAAAUCUUAUGAAUAUAUUCAAUGUUUUUUCAUCAACUUCAAUUAGCACUUGUUGUGGUAGCAAGGAAUCACAUAGACAUUGGCAAAGUUUUACAACAUUCAAUAAUGUGACUAGUUUGGUUUUGGGAUCUUGCAAACAAGCUGAAAUGGUUCGGGAUAGCCAAACUAGGAAGCUUGUAGAGGCUAUAUGCUAAUGAACGAGAGGUUGGAUAUGUAUUGAAUAAGGAAAUGAGUCACAAUAGGACAAGAGAUACUCGUUGGGGUAUUUACUAUGGGACACUUCUCAAUUUUGAGAACUUGUUAUCUAUAUUAUUGAUCUGUUGGAGGGAAUCAUAAAUAAUCCAACUACAUAUUCAAAAUCUGCCAGUGAUGUAUGGUGGAUGUUCACUACACUUCAAGAUUUUAUGUUUGUCUUUAUGUUGAAGUUGAUGAUUAAAGUGUUAGCAAUUAUAAAUGAGUUGUCACUAGCAUUGCAAAGGAAAGAUAAAGACAUUGUAAAUUCUAUCAAACUUGUUGGUGUGGGAAAAACUAGAUUACAAGAGAUGAGACAUCGAUGAAGGAGUUUCUAUUUGAGGAUAUUAUGACAUUUUGCGAUAAGGAAUCUAUUCAUGUUCUUAGUAUGGACGACGAGAGACAAGCAAGGAAAUUGUCAAUCCUAAUUAGGGAUUUUCUCUCAUAUCUAUCGGGAGUCUUUCGAGAGUAAGAGUGGCGACUAGGUUUUCAUUAAAAGACCUAAUCCCGA